CCGAGGUGCUCCUGGGGUGUCUCCAAAGGGCCCCUGGGGGUUUGGGGGUCCCCGAGGUGCUCCUGGGGGUCCCCAAAGUGCCCCCCCGGGGGUCUGGGGAAAGGCAAAGGUCCGAGGGCCCAUCCGGCCCCUCCCAGGGCAGAGUCCAGGGCGGUGUCACCUGAGCCAGGUGUGUCCCUGAGCCAGGUGUGUCCCUGUGCCAGGUGUGUCACCCCCUCCCCAUUUCCUGUAUCCGGGGGGGUCAAAGUCCACUCCCCACCCUGGGAGGGGCCGGAAAUGGGGGGGCCCACGUGGGGGGGGUAUAAAGAGCCCCCCACGUUGUCACCGCUGUCCCCAGUGCCACCAGUGCCACCAGUGCCACCAGUGCCACCAGCCAUGGCCUUCGUCCCCGCGCCCGGGUACCUGCCCUCCUACAACCCGCCCCUGCCCUACGUGGCCCCCGUGCCCGGGGGGCUCCAUCCCGGGAUGGCCAUUUACGUGCAGGGGGUGGUGGCCCACCACGCCAAAAGUUUCUGCGUGAACCUGACCGCUGGCCCCGAGGAGGGGGCGGACGUGGCCCUGCACGUGAACCCCCGUUUCUCGGGGGGGGUCCUGGUGCUCAACAGCCGCCGGGGGAAGCACUGGGGGGAGGAGCAGCGCCAGGACCCCCAACCCCUGCACCCGGGGGGGCCCUUCGAGCUCGUCAUCAACGUCACCCCCCACGGGUACCGGGUACGGGGGGCACGGGGGGGAGAGGG